AAUUUAAUUUGAAUCGUGAUAAAAACACUUGUGUACAUAUAAAAAAAAUAAAUAAAUGGACAAACAGUGUACACUCAGAUGUGCAACUUUGCAGGUAGUUUAAGGGGACACCCCCCCCCCCUGCAUUAUAUAUUAACCCCCCUGGUGGUAUUCCUGAGUGUAGCUCGGGGUAAAGUUUCAGCACCACAAGCGGUGACCCCCCCGAGCUACACUCGGGAAUACACUGCAGCGUUGCUCCGGGAUCCCUCGAUCACUUACCUUGUCCUGCGCUCCCGUGAUGUCCCUCCUGCAGUGUCCCCUGUAAUGUCCUCCGGCUGAUGCCGGCAUCUGUCUUCCGGGUUCCGUUCCCUGCGACGUCGGGACGUACGGGGGACGGAAUGGCGGGAAAUUUGAAAGUUGUAAAAGUGACAU